GCGUUAGUGCAGCGGAAACAAGUUAAUAUCUAGAAAAGUCUAGAAUUUUCUUGAUAAACUCCGCCCACCGUCACAAAGCAUUGUGGUAUAGCGCAACUCGUGUGCAGACGACAUUUCCAGUAUAACAGCGAGAGAAAAUGGACGACAAAAUCGGCACCAUCAAUUUUGAUGAGAUUGACUUUUUAGCAAUAACCGAGGAUGAUUUCACUCUAUCACAGAUAUGUGAUGCCAUUGAAAAAGAAGAGGAACUCAUUGAUGGUAUGAACCACUUUGACAUUAACCCGACAGGCGCGAAUGCACUGGACCUCGAUCUGUUUGGGGAUUUUAAUUUGGACGGCAUGGACGGAGGUGCCACCGAUAGAUUCAGUGAAACGAACAGCGAUGAGUCGACCAAGCGUUUCGGGGGAAUUUCUGAUUACGAAAUUGAGAAGCUGAUUUCUAGUCAAGAAAAUCAAAAUACAAACAGAAAUACUCGUUGGGCAUUUGGGGUUUUCGAAAAGUGGCGCCAAGAAAAAAGCAAAAAUCUGCCUUUUGAACUUGCAGUACCGGAACUUCUACACAUGGAUGUUUCUACUAUGAGUUAUUCAUUGACACAUUUUGUAUGCGACGCACGGAAGAAGGACGGAAGUGAAUACCCACCUAAGUCGGUCUACUAUCUAGUUUGUGGACUGUUAAGGUAUUUACGAGACAACAAGAGACAUGACAUUAAUUUCUUUUCAGACUUGAAAUUUGCAGAGUUUAGAAAAACGCUGGAUGCUCAAAUGAAAUCCCUCUUGUCUAAAGGACUGGGAACUAAAGUCAAACAGGCAGAUCCAAUAACUCAAGAAGACGAAGAACUGCUUUGGGAAAGAGAAGUACUGGGAAACAAGUCCGCGGAAACGCUACAGUAUACAGUGUUUUUUUACAUGUGUAAAUUAUUCGGGUUGCGGGGAUUUGAUGAGCAUAGAGACUUGACAUGUGCAAACGUCACGAUUGGUGAGGAUGGGCGAGGUAAAUACAUCCACUUUUGCGGCGGUUCAAACAAGACUUUUAAGGGAGGACUUGCCCAUCUAUCUCUGCAAAGUAAAGACAUUCGGCACUAUUGUCAACCAGGAGAUCGAUGCAUAGCCGACUAUUUUCAUCAGUACCUUGAUGCACUUGGAAACGAGGGAGAGUUUUACAGACGUCCACUUGCAGGGAACCCUAUUCGAUAUGGUGCACAAGUUGUUGGUGUUAAUAAGAUUAAAACCUUCAUGAAAAUCAUCUGCAAAAAGGGGGGUCUCGUUGGAAACUUUACUAACCACAGUGGAAAGCGCACCUGUGCUAGCCAGUUGUACAGCACUGGAAUGGAUGAACAGGCGAUCAUGGAGCGAACCGGACAUAGGUCGGAGCGAGCAGUGCGGAAGUACAAACGAUCAUGUCCAGAGGUAGCAGAGAAUGUCAGUAAAAUACUUGAUCCACCCGCGCCGAAAGCAAUGAAAAUGGAAACACCGUAUGACGAAAAUGAUAACCAAGAACCUAUGUGUGCUGAAAAUACGCUGGAAAAAGUCUGUGAGAGUUUGCAGUCUAUGGCCUCUAGCAGCAAUUCGUCUAAACAAAUCGACAACAGGGCAAUGGCGGAUUUGACCAACAAGUUUCAGUUUGAAAACUGUAAAAUUUCGUUCAAUUUUUGAGACAAACGCUUGUGACAUGGCUUAAUGCAGAAAAAUUUAAAAAUUUGGUUUAAAUCAUACA